CUGUUAAAGAUCUUGUAGAUGAGUACUUCGUAACGCUCUUGAAAAUACCUAGGAUCGAUGGCUCAUCGGAGGGCCAGAUGGAGCGUCAAGUCAAGAUGUUUCGUCGGCUUUUCACACAGCUGGUCAAUACCUCGUUCUACAAAGUUGGUGCGUGCUAACACGAUAUAAAUUACUUGACGUGCAAAACUCUCCAUGACAUCAUGCAUGCGACGAUAUACUGCAUGCUACAUAAUCACCAGAAUACACCUGGAUGAUGCACCCCCCUUAUUCCUCUGAUGCACGUUCGGCCUCUCCCUCCAUGACUACAAUUCGUGUUAAAAGAAGAAUCGAACCCCUGCAACGCGAGACUCAUGUCCUCAACCUCUUCAUUGCACUCAAGAUCAGUGACUAUGACAUGUUCUCACCGCUCCACACUUUGUGAAG